GGCAGGUCCAGACUCCCCCUCCUUUCCUCGCCUCCUCCAUCCUCAUCCGCGACACCACCUCCGCUGGAGCAGGGAGGCGGAGGGAGGGAGGCCAGAGAUCCGUCAGUCGUUCCUCCUCAGUCCUCAGUCCAGGAGCUGAACUGAACCGUCUGCGGAGGAUUUUUACCUUCGUGCGUAAAAGCGCUGUGCGUCUUGUGCGCGCGGAUGGCACAGAGGACGCAGUAGUUGUCGGUGUCGGCGGUUCACGCUGGACAGUUGUAGCUCAACUGGACACAAUCUGAACCGGGUGACCAAACUCUUUGUUGCACGUAAACACGCACACUGUCCACAGUGGACCGUGGAGAGACUUUAACCGUCGCGGAUUUAUUUCGGCGUACUUUACGCGUCUUCUCGCUUUGGACCGAGCUGUUAGAGGAGGAGUGUAGAGGUUCGGCUCUGUGCUGCCGAAUCUCAUCUCAUGAUGGGACACGACAGCUGCCAUCUGCCGCGAGGAUGAGCUACAGAAGCAGCCCGGUGAGGGCGUACGACUUUCUGCUCAAGUUCCUGCUGGUGGGGGACAGCGACGUCGGGAAGGGCGAGAUCCUGGCGAGCCUGCAGGACGGAGCCACAGAGUCCCCGUACGGAUACAACAUGGGAAUCGACUAUAAGACGACCACCAUCCUUCUGGACGGGAGGAGAGUCAAGCUGCAGCUCUGGGACACCUCUGGUCAGGGACGAUUCUGCACGAUUUUCAGAUCCUAUUCCAGAGGAGCCCAGGGAGUUAUUCUGGUCUACGACAUCACCAACCGCUGGUCCUUCGAUGGAAUCGACAGGUGGAUCAAAGAGAUCGACGAGCAUGCCCCGGGGGUGCCCAAGAUCCUCGUCGGGAACCGUCUCCACCUGGCCUACAAGCGUCAGGUGACCACGGAGCAGGCGCAGGUGUACGCGGAGAAGCUGGGCGUCACCUUCUUCGAGGUCAGCCCGCUGUGUAAUUUCAACAUCACCGAGUCGUUCACGGAGCUCGCUCGCAUCGUCCUGAUGAGACACGGCAUGGAGCGACUGUGGAGGCCCAACAAAGUGUUGAGUCUCCAGGAUCUCUGCUGUCGCUCCAUCGUCUCCUGCACUCCGGUUCACCUGGUUGACAAACUCCCGCUCCCGCUGGCUCUCAAGUCCCACCUCAAGUCCUUCUCCAUGGCCAACGGCCUCAACGCCCGCAUGAUGCACGGACGCUCCUACUCUGUCACCGCCAAUCCUGCUCCGCUCCACAGCGCCAGCAAGAGGACCGGAGGGACACUGCUGAAGAAGCCCAAACUAAUCCGGCCGCCGCCCCUCAGCCCGUCUGCGCAGAGCUGCAGAAACAGCUGUAAAAUAGCCUAACAGCUGGAGGCACACAGGGAGGUGUCAGUGAACGCACCGUCACAUGUUUUCACGGUGUAAGGAAAUUUUGACACUACAAGUCAUUUGUUUUGUUAAGUCUGAGAAGAUGGUGACGCCCCAUGAGCAGCACAAAAGGAGGAAGUGCAACAUGACUGUGACGUCAGCAGUUUGACUUCUGUUAACCAGCCUCAGCUUGACAACAGACGGGCUCUUCGUCAGUCCUUCUGAAAAAGCUCAAACACUAAACUUUCUGGCCAUAUGACUUCCUGCUCUACUGGGCAUCUGAAAACUACGUCAUUAAUUAAUUUCAGCAUCUUAUGAAGAACAAUACAGUUUACAUUUUGAUGUCUAAUUUUCUUUAAACAGUUUCCAGCUUUCUUCACAUUUUUCCAGCCAUAAACACAGAAAAAGUAAUAUAUCAAUAUCAAAAACAAAAAACAAAUUAAACAAAGAGUUGCAGGAGGAUUAUGUAUGCAUGUUGCAUUCCGCUAAUUUAUUUCUGUGAGUUUCUAUGAUUUAAACGCUGGUGUGACUGAGCUCUAAAAGAGUUGAUAACGUUAUUUUAUUAACUCGAUCUCCAAUUGUUCCCAGAAGUUUUUAAUAUGUUGUAUGAGGGAGGUUCAGGUUUCAACCACUGCAUCAUAAAAACAAAACAAUUCUUUAGAUGCAUUCAACAACUACAGCCUCAAUAAGAAUCUGAUGGUGUGACUGUGGCUAAAACCGCAAACACAGAUUUUAUUGUCAGUACAGCAGAAAAUACUCCAAACCUCAGUAUCAAGUUUUAGCUUUUCCACAAAGACAAAUGAGCGAAACCGUCUAUGAGAGAACACAUCGAAACCAUGAACGCUAACUGAGGAUUAUGAACAGCUGAAAGUCAAAGCGGACUUGAACAGCGGACUUUGCUAAAGAAGACUGCUGAUGAACUUUGUAUGGACAAAACAUUCACCUGAAACACUGUUAAAAAAUAGCUGUUUGAUGUGUUUUCCUUUUUCAUGUGUAUUGUUCAACUGUAGAAGACUGUGGCAACAGUUAACGUGUGUUGGUGUCGACACGAAAGAGCAAGGACAAUCCGCCAUCUUUUGAAACCAAUUCAUCAUCAAUUCAUCAGAUGUUGAGAAUAAAGUGAAAAACUGGCAGUUGCAACAAAAAUAAAUGAGAAGAAAGGUGUAAUAUUUUGUUUCUCAAGAUAUAAAAGCAAUUAUAAAGGCAAUGAAGGCAAUACAAAAAUGCAAACAAAAUUGUCAUGAACGCAAAGUUUUUACUUGUCAGAAAAUUAUUAUAUAUUGACAGUCAGAAAAUACUAAAACAUACACAUACUACUCGAACUCAAGUUCUAUUAUGAGACAUUAGAUCAAAAUUAUAUAUAUGUGUAUAUAUAUAUAUAUAUAUAUAAUAAAUUAAUAUAGACUUUAAAUUGAAAUAUUUGGAUUUUAUUACUUUAUUUUUGAAACAUAACUUUUUCAAAAUGUUCUUACUUUAAUCUGAGCCUUUUUCCCUAGAAAUAUUUUACUUAUUUUCUAAAAAAAAAUCAACAAUUUUCUCAAAGAUUGCGAAAAUGAUUAGAAGUUAAAGUAUUCAAAAAGAAAUUAUAAAAUGUUUAUCUCACAAUUUUGACUUACUAUGUCAUUCCAAAAAGUAUUAUCAAUUGGGUACUUAUUUUUAAAAUUACGGCCUUUUCUCAAAAUAUUACGACUUUGGGAUGAAAUAUUCCAAUUUAUUUUCGAAAUAUUAAAACGUUUCAUGAUAUUAUUAGUUUUAUUCUCAACAUAUUUUGACUUCAUUCUGUACAUAUUUUUUCCCUAAUCUAUGGCCCUACUGACCAAAAAAGACGCAUAGGUCUUGAUCAAAAAUUACGACUUUAAAUUUAAAUAUGUAUAAAUAUUAAAUAUUUAUAUUUACUUUAUUGUAGAAACAUUACGACUUUUUGUCUCAAAGUCGCGAUUAUUAUUAGAUCCUAAGUAAUUCCAAAAAAAGUAUUAAAUGUUUAUCUCACAUUUUGGACUUACGAUCUCAUAUUCCAAAGUAUUACAGCUGCUUUUCUAAUAAAAUUACAGCUUUUGUUUCUGUUCAUUAUUACUCUUUUUCUCAACAUGUUUUGACUUUAAUCAGAAAAUCUAAUGUUAAACUGCUCUUUGAUUAUAAGCUACAUGUUUUUGACGGCUCUCUUCAGUUUGCUCCAAAACAUUUUAGGAAACUUAAGGAAUCACGAACUGAAGAAGAAAUCUGAGGGAAUAAACCUUCAUGACUAAAUACUUGCAGAAGGGCAUCGAUUCUCACAGACAGACAGACUUUAACAGCGAGUUAUUGUGUUCGCAGUCAUGCAGCUUCUUCCUCAGGAUGUUUUCUACAAAACAGACAAACGAUAACACAGACACACAUAUCUGUACAUACAAGCACUUUGGACUCUGUAUUUUUGCACAAUGUACUGAAUGAUGAUAAUUAGUCUGCACUUAAAUCUGCGUGUCUGAGAUAAAAUGUUCGCCUUCCUCUUAAUGGCCUGUUUCCAGACACACUUACCGCUGUGUACAAUAUUUGUACGUGUUGUAAAUAUGACUGUUUGAUAAGAUAACCUGUGGGGUUUGUAUCUGUUUUCAGUGUAAUGCUAUAUUUUUCCUGAGUGACACCAAAGACUGACAGAGAAGGUCACUAAACUGAAAGGUGUGUUUUGCACUGUUAAUCAUUGUUUAAUGAGAUGCACCUCUACAAUAAAUGUUACCCACCAUGA